UGGAACUUCCGUCUUUCUCUCUACCUACCUAACCUUAGGUAACUACACUAAUUAAGGGCAUAUGUAUUUUUCCUAACGAUCUACAACUUAUCACCGCUCUUUUCCCCUUUUCAUUUCUUUCCCCUUUAGUCAUCCUAUAUUACCUCCUUUUUUUCACUUAUCUAUCAUCAACACCACCUAUAAACAGAUUGUCUCGUUUUCUGCAUCAUGUUCAACUGGGCGAAGCAAACUCUGGCUAAUGUCGUGGGCACGGAAGAGCCCAUUUACGGCCCUUCGGCCAUAAGAUCAGUGGCCGAAGAUGCCAAAACGACGCCGUACACGGAGUUAACCAGGGACGACAUGAAAUGGGAGGCCAUGGACUCGACCUGCGUCGAGAGCCAGACCUUUUAUUUCAUGGCAGACAACGGCCCCCUAGCUUUUGCUCAGGUUAUCUACAGCAAUGUGGUUGGCAUCCGCACCACUUGCCAGUUCAACUGCAAGAUCUUCUAUACCGACGGCUCGAAACCUCUAUGGAGUUCCUCGCCCCUAAAUCACGCCGAGUUCAGCGAAGAUAAAACAUGCUUUUUCGCAACCGAUUGCGCCGUAGAACUAUCCCCGGAUGGAAACUCUUACACAAUCAAGUCGAUGAAUGACCCCCAGUGUAUCGUCAACCUCAAAAUAACAAAGGUGGCACCUGGCUUCGUAGUCGGCAAGAAUGGCAAGACCUUGUACGGUACCGACUUAUCCCGCCCGUGGGGCUCCAUGCGACAUGCGUUUUGGCCAAGGUGUUCAGCUGAGGGAAGCGUUAUGACGAAGAAUGGACCCAUCGACUUCAAAGGAAAGGCGUUCCUUUCCCACGCUCUGCAGGGCAUGAAGCCCCACCAUUUGGCAGCCCGAUGGAAUUUCCUCAAUUAUCAAGGUCCGACAUAUUCCGCAAUUAUGAUGGAGUUCACCACACCACCGUCCUACGGAACAACCGUUGUAGAUGUGGGUGGAAUCGCCAAGGACGGGGAGAUUGUUAUUGCUGGGCCGAACUGCGGCGCCAAACACCUCAAGACAAAGCAGGACACCGAGAACGACUGGCCCGAGCCUACCGACAUCAAGUUUAGUUGGUCUGGCACCACAAAGGAUGGAAAGUCCGUCGAGGCCGUUAUCGAAUGCGCCAUGGGCGAGAGAGUUGACAGGAUUGACGUCAUGGCCGAGGUUCCUGGCUUUGUCAAGAAAAUUGUCGCUAAUGCAGCAGGAACUAAACCAUACAUCUACCAAUUCUUCCCCCACAACAUCCCUACUGUGCUGAAGCUCAAGAUUGGGGAUCAGGAGAUUACCGAAGAGGGACGGCUGUUCAGUGAAGCAACUUUCAUAUCCGCAACGGAGUAAUUCAGCAAUAAUCAGAAUGAAGCAUAAUACACUUGCUUAACGCCGAUAAAAUGAGCGAGACAGAAUAACGACCAGCAUCGUCGCCUUUAGAGCAUAGGUGCUUGGUUUCAGCGCCGCAUUCUAUUAGAGAGGUUUGGCUACGCUAUAUUUGCUUGCGUUCGGGUUAGCAUACGGUCAGGAUAUUGCAUGAGAAACGAGUUUGGGGGUACUAGAGUCCUUGAUAGAAGUACAUGAUCACUCGUUGAGAUGCCAAGGUGUAAACUACCUCUUUUUCGAAUUCCACCAUUCGAAGCCAUGUACUAUCUACCUAUAGUUUCUAGGUUGCAUUAAUAAGGAUAUCUCAUAUAAAUACAAUAACCUAAUUGCUCUUGGAAGCCUUGCACGCAACAUAAGAA